AUGAACUCUGAGAAGCCAUGGAUUGUGCUGGUUCCUAGUGCCGGCAUGUCUCAUAUCUUGCUGUUCAUCCGCUUCGCUGAGACCAUCGUCAAACACGGCCUCAACGUCGUCUUUGUUGCCACCAAAUCCACAGUCUCAUCUGCAGAAUCACACCAUAUUUUCCAAUUCCUUUCAUCUUCUCCAAGCAUACAACCUCUGUGGUACGACCCUCUUCCCCUGAAUCCCGACUUUUCCCACCACAAGACCGCUGAUCCAUACUACCUACAGCUUGAUGCCUUGAGCCGCUCGAAGGACGUACUUCUCCCUCUGCUAAGCCAACUUGCUACCAAGGCCUCCAUCGCUGCCUUCAUCUCCGACAUCUUCCUUGCUUCAUCCAUGUGCGACGUCGCAGAAUCACUCUCCAUACCGAAUUACAUCCUCUAUUCGUCCUCUGCAACCAUGCUUGCUUUCCGUACUUGGUUCUCAAGCUCCGAACCUAAUGGCGACCCGAUCGACGAAAUUCGGAUUCCGGGCGUCGGUGCCUUCCCGUCUUACUGUGUCCCGCCGGUCUUAAGGAACCCCGAGCACCUCUUCACCACCGUGUCGCGCAAGAAUAACCGAGGUCUAAGCAGAGCGGCUGGAGUUCUCAUUAACACGUGCUGCAAGUUGGAGGCAGAGUCUCUACAGGCAAUUGUCAUUCAUCUCCGACAUCGCCGUCAGUGA